AUGAGACAAGAUCGGACCAAGCGCUGGGGACCAAUCAGCGCGCAUCUGAUCAGGCGCAGUGUCCAAUCGCUGCGCGGCAGGCGCGCUCGGACUCCGCCCAUGCCCUUCUAUGGGGCCAGAAGCCGCUCACCUGUGCAGUGUUGCCUGGCUACCCUCAUCUAUAAUUUAACACGGCAGACCCGACUGCAGACGGCUGCUGACGCCUUGCUCUUCACAGUGCAGAAGACCACGAGCCACCCAGAGCCCAUGCAGAACGGAGAGGCCAUGAGUCCAGACACACAGGACUCCAGAGGACCGGAGGGGCACGAGGAGCACCAGGGAGCCGUCCCGUCAGCGCCGCCGCUGCCCCAGGAGACUCAGCCGUGUCCGAGGCCCAGACUGGUGUUUCACACGCAGCUGGCACACGGGAGCCCCACGGGACGCAUUCACGGCUUCACCAACGUCAGGGAGCUUUAUGCCAAGAUCGCCGAGGUCUUCGACAUCUCCGCUUCUGAGAUCCUCUUCUGCACGCUGAACUCGCACAAAGUGGACAUGCAGAAGCUUCUGGGCGGUCAGAUCGGUCUGGAGGACUUCAUCUUUGCGCACGUGAGGGGAGAAACCAAAGAGGUGGAGGUCGUUAAAACCGAGGACGCGCUCGGCCUCACCAUCACCGACAACGGCGCGGGAUACGCCUUCAUUAAAAGGAUAAAGGAAGGCAGCACCAUUGACCGAAUCAAGACGGUGUGUGUGGGCGAUCACAUCGAGGCCAUUAAUGACCAGAGCAUUGUGGGAUGUCGGCAUUAUGAAGUGGCCAAGAUGCUAAAGGAGCAGCAGAGAGGAACGCCAUUCACCCUGCGCCUGGUCGAGCCCAAGAAAGCCUUCGACAUGAUAGGCCAAAGGACGCGAGCGCCAAAGUCCAGCGAGGGCAAAAUGGUUAGUGGGAAAGAGACGCUGCGGCUGCGCUCCAAAGGAUCGGCCACACUGGAGGAAAUCCCCAGUGAGUUCGAAGACAAGGCCAUCAAGAAGGUCGAUGACCUCCUGGAGAGUUACAUGGGGAUUCGAGACCUUGAGCUCGCGACUACCAUCGUAGAAGCCGGGAAGAACAAGAAGAACCCGGAUGAUUUUGCCGAGGCACUCGACUCAGUUCUGGGUGACUUCGGUUUUCCUGAUGUCUUUCUGUUUGACGUUUGGGGCGCUAUGGGAGAUGGGAAGAACGGACGCCUUUAAGAGAGUACAUCAGACAUCUAAGAGACAUUCAAGCUUGAUUUGUGACGUCUGUCAUUUGUUUUCAUAUACUCAAUCCUCCCAAUUCCCACCUUUAUCCUGAGGAAGGAGAACGUCAAGGUAUUAGCGGCUAAUCAGCAUGCUAACGCAAACAUCAAGUGUGUAAAGCUGUAUGAUUAAGUAGGUCAAACUGUAUUUCCCACCAAUGUUUAUAGCGAACUAGGAUAUAUACCAAUCUUUUAAAGUGUUUUACAUGAUAACUUUGACAUUUAGAAGUAGUAUAUGUUAGCUUAGCUUAGACUAGCCUUUGCUUGAUUUGAUGUCUGUUGUGUUAUGUAUAAAUACAUUGUGUUACUGGUGAAAUGAAUGAUCUUUUACGAUUAAUGACAGAUCUUGUGACACGAUUAGCUUGUG